CGUUUACGGGGAGAGUCAUUAGGGAAAAGUUGCAUCUGGGGCUGUCAGCAAGCGAUGUCGUGUCCACAAUUCUGAGAAGCUGGGCAAUCUUAUGAAAGGGCAUGUGUGUAGAAACAGGCUUCGCUUCCUCUUUCCGAGUCUCUGUUUCCUCACAAGAGCGGCAUACUGACGAGGAGGCUCCCGGAGGAGCUGGCUGUUAGGUCAGAGGCCCAGAGGAGGCAGAUUCUUGGAGUCACAAGAGCCAGUGACAUGAGUCUGGCCCAGCCCUCAGCCAGGCAGAGAUGGGAGACUUCAGAGCAAUGAGGACACCCACCUGCCCAUAACCAGCAUCCAACGGGCGCCAACCUGCAGGUCCAGAGCUCACCGGCAGAUGGCGCUGCUCCCAGGCCCGCUCCUCGUGGCCUUGCUGGCUCUGUGCUGGGGACCCAGUGUGGAAGGGUCACAGGGUACCGUCCCGCUGCAGACCCUGCGCUGCUACAAUGACUACACCAGCCGCCUUGUGUGCAGCUGGGCAGACACCGAGACUGCUGGGCAGCUCAUCAACGUGACCCUCCAUCGCAGGCUAAAAGGGGACCAUCCCCAGCCAGUGUCCUGUGAACUCACGGAGAGCCUGCUCUGGUCACUGUGCCCAUCUCCGCCCUGUGUGCCUAGAAGAUGCCAUUCCCUAUCCAGGGCUUGGUCUCUGUCUAGACAGCGGGGGCCAGGGACAGCCGGGCCAGAGCAGAAGGGCCAGGCAGCAGGCCGCUCUGCCCCACGGCCCAGCCUCAGGAGCCCUGUGCUUCCUGUCCCUGCAGUGCAGCCGCCCCCACCCCGAGACGUCCAGAUUUAUGCCACUGGGGACCAAUUCUGGCUGACCUGGAGCGUGGCCCUCGGUGGUCCCAAGAUGUCCUGGCUGUCACAGGAGGAUCUGGAGUUCGAGGUGGUCUACAAGCGGCUUCACGAGUCCUGGGAGGAUGCCACCACCGUGCAGUCCAACUCCUCACAGGUCUCCCUGGGGCCCGAGCUCCUCCUGCCCAGCAGCACUUAUGUGGCCCGAGUGCGGACCCGGCUGGCCCCAGACUCAGACUUCUCAGGGCGGCCCAGCCAGUGGAGCCCCGAGGUUCAAUGGGACUCACAGCCAGGGGACGAGGCCCAGCCCCAGAACCUGCAGUGCUUCUUCGGCUUCGGUGGGACUCACGUGCUCAGCUGCUCCUGGGAGGUGAGGGCCCCGGUGACCAGCUCGGUCUCCUUCGGCCUCUUCUACAGGUCCAGCCCGGAUGCAGGGGAGAAGGAGUGUCCCCAGGUGCAGAAGGAGGAGCUCGGUGGCCUCUACAUCCGCCACUCCUGCCAGAUCCGGGUCGGCAGCCUGAGGCCCGACGGCCAGUACACGGUGGCUGUGCGCCCGCAGAAGGAAGAGAUGUUCAUAAAGAGCUCAGAGCACAUCCAGAUGGAGGCCCCGACCCUCAAUGUGACCAAGGAUGGGGACAGCUACAGCCUACACUGGGAGGUGAAGAAAAUGUACUAUUCCCACAUUGAAAACACCUUCCAGAUCCAGUACCGGAUAGAUGAGGAGAAGUGGGAGGACAGCAAGACCGAGACCCUGAAGAACGCCCACAGCAUGCCGCUGCCCCCCCUGCAGCCCGCCACCACCUACUGGGCCAGGGUGAGGGUCAGGCCCAGCCCAGGAGGUGCCUACAACGGGAUCUGGAGCGAGUGGAGCGAGGAGCAGGCCUGGACCACCGCGUGGGCGCUGCCCACCUGGUUGCUGGCACCCGUCCUGGUCUUUGUCACUCUGGCCCUGGUCCUGGCCCUGCGCUUCUGUGUCCUCCAUGGGUACAGCCUGAGCAAGAAGUGGGAGGAACGAAUCCCCGACCCCAGCAAGAGCCACCUCUUCCAGAGUGGAAGUGCUGGGCUCCUCCUCCCAGGCAGCAUGAAGGCCUUCAUGGGCAGGAGCACGCCUCAGCAGGGGCCCUGGGGUGGCCUCUCCUCGGAGCUGGAUGGGCUGUGCACUGUAGAUCACAGGGACAGCGAGGUGUCAGCUCUCACCACAGAGGACCCUAAAGUUGUCUGUGACCCUCCCUCCGGGCCUCAUUCCACUCCUGCCGCCUCAGACCUGGCUCCAGAAUGUCCCCCCAGCACUCAGCCAAGUCCACCUGCUACCCAGGGCCGGCCUGAGGACCAGCUCGCCACCUUUGACUUCAAUGGUCCCUACCUGGGGCCGCCACAAAGCCGCUCCCUGCCUGACCUCACAGGCCAGCAGGAGUCCCCACAGGGUCCCAAGCCAGCACUGCCCAGCUCCCUGGAGUACCUGUGUCUGCCCCCUGGGGGACAGGUACAGCUGAUCCCCCUGGCCCAGGUCACAGGGCAGGGCCAAGCUGCCCAUGAGGAGUGUCUGCCUGGGCCUGGCACCCAGGCCAGCCCCUACCUGGAAGCUGGGGGAGGCCCUGCCCCUCCUGCAUCUGAGCCCCGAGGCCAGGCACAGGACCCAGAGGACAGCCCAGUCGCUCUGCCCACAAGCUCUGGGGACCCUGAGCACCCGGUCAUGGCCUCUGGUUAUGUCACCACUGCAGACCUGGCACUCACCUUGUCCACAGGGGCCUCAUCUGUCUCCCUGGCCUCCCCUCCAGGCCUGCAGAACCCCAGCCUCUGUCCAGGGCUGCUCCCUGCAGGGCCCCCCUCAGCCCCACCCCCUGAGAAGCCUGGGUUCGAAGGCUACGUGGAGCUCCCUCCAACCAUGGGGCCACCCCCCACAUCCCCUGUGGGCAGUCCCAUCCCUCCUGCACCCAGCAGCCCUGUGCUGAGCCCGGGGGAGCCCUGGGCAGGUGUGUCCCUGCUUCCCUACCCCCAUGGCCUCCUCCUGAAGGACAUUGGGGACUACUGCCUCCCCUCCAGCAUCGGAGCCUGCCAGUUUCCUUUUUAGAUCUGGCCCUCUGCUCCUGGAAGGGGGAGCUCAGACUAAUAUAUCCCGGUGAAGAGGUCCUUGCCUGGGCGUGGUCAAGGUUCAGGUGUAUUGUUCCUCUUCUAAGUGAUGAAACCACUGUGGGGUCUAUCCCUGCUCAUCAAGUGACAAGAAACAGGAAGAAUGGCUGCCCCUCUGCCUCAGCCAGAGCUCUGGCUCCAUCCCCUGGCUUCUUUUCCAGAAUUUUCUGUGAAGUCCAUUGGAGCAAUGGGCAGUGGUCCUCAUACUUUACCAUGCAACUCCAGCUUAGGUUAACAGAGCUUUUGGUUCAGUGGGCUUCCCUGGAGUCUCAGCAGAGAGGUCGGCUGGUGCUAUGGUCUGGGGUCCCACUUUGAGAACCCCUAGUGUUUCCAUACUGGAAAAGGUUAAAUCAUGGCGAUAGUAGCUAACAGGUCAGGUGACCGAGGAAUUAUGCCUUAGGAGAGUGACACUACUCUGUAAAGUUUUACAAUGAAGGUGGGUACAUGUCAUUAUGUAUUUGUCAAAAUCCAUGCAUUCUAGAACACCACGAGUGCACCCUGCUGUAAUCUGUGGUCUUUGGGUAACAAUUGUGUGCUUCUCAAUUGUCACAAAUGUACAAUUGCUGAAAUGGCCAGAGAGUUUACGCCCCUCUAAAUAUCACACAUCACAAUCCUUACAGCCAUGGUCAUGAGGAAAGGAGGCCUUCGGGACCUCUGCCCUCAGGAUGGGGAUCGAUGCCCUCUAGAAGACACCCCACAGUGCCAUGUGAGGACAGGGUGAGGGGAUUCGUCUAUGAGGAAAGGGCAGUCUCCCAGACACUGCAUCGCAUGGCACUUUGAUCUUGGACCUCCAGCCUCAAGAACUGUGAGAAAUAAUCUUCUGUUCGGUGUAAGGGACCCAAGUCGUGACAUUUUGAUCAGAGCAAUGGCUAAGACAACUGUGGUGAGGGUUAGGGGGUCUGUGUGUGCGGGGUUCCCAGGGAGCUGUGAAUACUACAGCCUUCUCAGUGCUGCUGUCAACCCCAAACUGCUUUAAAAAGUAGAGUCUAUCAAAGAGAGAGCGUAAGUAUCCUGCACCCCAUUCCUUUCCUAAUCCUGGAUACUGCAGUAGUCCUUCCUCCCCCAAUAUUUACCAGUUUGGUGAGAAAAAAUAGUAUCUCACUUUAAUUAAUGAGGAUAAACUCUUUCUUUAGUUUUACUUUCCAUCUGUGUUUCUGUAGAGCACUUAUUCAAGCAAUUUGAACACUUUUUCCACAUAGU